GUGAUCAGUCAGCUGACAGCACAUCUGGACCUGCAGCUCUAGUGAAAGCCUGCUGUCUGGCAUGCCACUGGCUGGAGAGGUUAUGAUGUCUGAACCAGCCAGCUCUGGUCCUGUCCAUCACCAAAACAGUGGCCAGGAUUCACCUGGGACAGCAAGGACUAGCACUGGGCCCCAUAUUGAGGCAUCCUCUACCCCUGUCUCCUCUGUUACUUCAGGACAGAGGACUAACUUCCGCAGGUAAGUGAUCACAGGGUCUAACAUGGUGUAGUCAGGGAUUAUAUUAGUAUUUAUCUGGUCUGUCAACAUAUCAGCAAGCAGGAUUAAUCACCAAAUCGUGAAUUAUAGUGGAUUUACAGUAAAAAUGAUAUUUUUAGGCCAGAAAAAAGAAUUAGGAAAAAUUAUUUGGUUCAGCUACAAUUUCAAUAAAGAUAUGUUGGCCUAAAAUUUAAAACUCACUUUGAAUUCCUGACAGAUAGCAGUUUAGUGACUAUGACUAGCCUGACACUGAGGGGUAUAUUUCCUAAACUGUGAAUUUGAACCUGAAUUGCAAUAUGUGGGCAGAUAUCAGCAGGCUGUAGCUAUAGUAGAGUUGUAGAAUUGUUCUAAUGCAGACACUGUGCACUACAUUUUGCCACUGGCUGGGUGGAUAUGGGAAUAUGAUCAGUUCAGAGUAUGUGGCUGGUUGGAUGGCUCAAUGACAAUGGGUAUGUAAAAGCAAAUUUGUUUUAAGUGAUAGUGAAUGCAUGUGAGUGACGGGUGUAUUUAGGUUGCAUGUAUAGGUGUGUUUGUGCACUGUUUCAAAUUUCCAUCUGACCCGCUUUAUCUCUCCAUUUAUAAACCUCAUAUGUGUUUUUCUUCUCCUUUCACCAAUUAUGUCCCUCUCUCCAUAAACCUCCCUUUCUCAAAUUGUUCCCCCUCCCCUAACUUGUUCCACUCUUCUUUUCCCAAUCCCUCACUUCUUUCCCCCUCCUUUCCCCAUCCUUCACUUGUUCCCCCCUCCUUUCCCCAUCCUUCACUUGUUCCCCCCUCCUUUCCCCCAUCCUUCACUUGUUCCCCCCUCCUUUCCCCCAUCCUUCACUUGUUCCCCCCUCCUUCCCCCAUCAUUCACUUGUUCCCCUCCUUCCCCCAUCCUUCACUUGUUCUCCCUCUUUUCCCCAAUCUGCACUUGUUUCCCCUUCCUUUCCCCAAUCCUGCAAUUUCCCCUUCCUUUCCCCAAUCUGCACUUGUUCCCACUUCCUUUCCCAAUCCUGCACUUGUUUCCCUUCCCUUUUCCCCAAUCCCGCGCUUGUUCCCAUCUCCCCAUUCUCCUUUCCCCAUCCCUCACUUGUCCCUUCCUCCUUUUCCCAUACCUCACUUGUUCCCCCCCUUCUUUUCCUCACCCCUCACUUGUUCCCCCUUCUUUCCUCUAUCCCGCACUUGUUCCCCCCUUCUUUCCCCUAUCCUGCACUUGUUUCUCCUCCUUUCUCCUAUCCUGCACUUGUUUCUCCUCCUUUCCCCUAUCCUGCUCUUGAUACCCCUCCUUUCCCCAUCCUGCACUUGUUUCUCCUCCUUUACCCUAUCCUGCACUUGUUUCUCCUCCUUUACCCUAUCCUGCACUUGUUCUCCCCUCCUUUCCCCCAUCCCGCACUUGUUCCCCCUUCCUUUCCCCAAUCCCGCACUUGUUCCCCCUUCCUUUCCCCAAUCCCGCACUUGUUCCCCCUUCCUUUCCCCAAUCCCGCACUUGUUCCCCCUCCUUUUCCCAUACCUCACUUGUUCCCCCUUCUUUCCCCAAUCCCGCACUUGUUUUUUCUCCUUUCCUCUAACCUGCACUUGUUUCUCCUCCUUUCCCCUAUCCUGCACUUGUUACCCCCUCCUUUCCCCUAUCCUGCACUUGUUUCUCCUCCUUUCUCCAUCCUGCACUUGUUUCUCCUCCUUUCUCCAUCCUGCACUUGUUUCUCCUCCUUUCUCAAUCCUGCACUUGUUUCUCCUUCUUUACCCCAUCCUGCACUUGUUACUCCCUCCUUUCUCCAUCCUGCACUUCUUCCCCCUCCUUUCCCCAUCCUGCACUUGUUCCCCCUCCUUUCCCCCUCCUGCACUUGUUCCCCCCCUUCCCCCAUCCUCCCCUUGUUCCCCCUCCUUUCCCCAUCCUGCACUUGUUCCCCCCUCCUUUCCAAAUCCUGCACUUGUUCUCCUCUCUUUUCCCCAUUCCACACUUGUUCCACUCUUCUUUGUCCUCUUCCAUUACUUAAAUAUCACUUUUCUACCCCCAUCUAUCACCCUUUUCAAUCGCUUUUAUCCUAUCAUGUGCCAACUUCCCCAGUUGUUCACUUAUAGUCUUCCCUAGAUUUGUAAGCUCAGAAGGACUGAUUAACAGAAUUAAAGAAAUGAAAGGCCAUAUAGUACCAUUUUGCCAAUAAUUUGUUAAGUUAUAGCAGCAGUACUUGUCAUUUCUUGUUGCUUUCUUUAACCCGUUUUUUCUGUUAAAUCUAGAACUCCUCUUGGAAUCCGAAGAACUUUUACCAAAGGAUUUAAAUCACCUGUACGUACUCUAUAUCAAAAUCUAUUUCACAUAUUCCUUAUUUGACAUCACUGAAUAUGCUGUGUUUAUUUUCUAAACAAAAGACCUCAAUUCAAAUAAUCUGCAUUUCAUUUGUAACAAUUUUAGUAAUUUAAUCUAAAUACCUGCAGAAUAUGUAUUAAAGGAACACUCAAAUCACCAUAACAACUACAUCCAUAUGUUGGAGUUUUGGUGCCAGGAGUGUCCUGGUGCCCUCAAUUGGUAAGUAGCCAAGCCAUUUACCAACUUAACUGGGUCUGCUGGGCACCUGCCACCUCCUCCGGUGGAGCAUAAAACUCCAACAAGUAGCUUCCAUUAGCUCUUCUGAGCCAAACAGUGCAGAAGGUUCAGGUCAUUGGCUGAGAGUUUUAGCUAAGUGCUCUUAGCUAAUGAAAUAAGCCUUGCAUUUACACAAGCUACUGGGGGAGGUGACCAGUUCACGACAGACCCUGGGUAAGUUGUCAACCUGGGGUUGUAGUGGUUAUGGUGCUUGGUUUGUUCCAUUAAAGGUUUAUUUGCAAAACUCCUAAUUCAAGCUAAAAUACCCUGAUCAGCCACAACAUUAAAACCACCUGCCUAAUAUCGUGUAGGUCCUCCACAUGCUUCCAAAAUAGAUUUGAUACGUCGAGUUAUGGACUCCACAAGACCUCUGAAUAUGUCCUGUGGUAUCUGGCAUUAGCAGCAGACCGUUUAAGUACUGCAAGUUGCGAGGUAGGGCCUCCAUAGAAUGAAUUUGGUGUUCCAGCACAUCCCACAGAUGCUCUAUCAGAUUGAGAACUUGGGAAUGUGGAGGUCAAGGCAACACCUUGAACUCCUUGUCAUGUUCCUCGAACCAUUCCUGAGCAAUUUUUGCAGUGUGGCAUGGUGCAUUAUCCUGCUGAAAGCAGCCACUACCAUCCGGGAACACAUUACAAUGAAGGGGUGUGUGUGGUCUGCAAUAAUCUCUAGGUGGGUGUUAUGUGUCAAAGUGAUAUCAACAUGAAUGCCAGGACUCAAGGUUUCCCAGCAGAACAUUAAAGGGAUACUAUAGUCCCCAGUGGCGUACACAUGACCCAUGGGGCCCCGGUGCGAAAAUUUAUCCGUGGGCCGGGCCGCAACACAUGGCGGUGGGCACCUGGUCGCAGGGGCUACAGGGCUGCGACGACUGCGGUAUGUACGCUAGUGCAUGCAGAUGCACACACACUUAAGGGACCACUACAGACACCCAGAUCACAUCAGCUCAAUGAAGUUGUCUGGGUGUCAGGUCCCUCUAGUUUUAACCCUGCAGCUGAAAACAUAGCAGUUUCACAGAAACUGCUAUGUUUCACUGAGGGUUAAUCCAGCCUCUAGUGGCUGUCUCACUGACAGCCGCUAGAGGAGCACACUGAAUGUCCAUAGGAAAGCAUUGAGUAAUGCUUUCCUAUGGGCGGUUUGAAUGCGUGCGCGGUCGCAUUCGGAGCGGAGAGGCUGAGGGAUCCCCAGCGCCAAGGGAGUCCGGCGCUGGAGAAAGGUAAGUGCUGAAGACACACAUACUCUCACUUACAGAAGCAUACACACUAGCUAACAGACACACACAUUUACUGACAGAGACACACUCAGCGACAGACAUACAUACACACUCACAAAACAUACACUCUCAUUGACAAACACAAACUCACUAACAGACAUCAAACAGACUCACUAACACACACACACACACACACACACACACACUCAGUAAGACACACACAGUAACACACUCUCUGACAUUCACUAGCAGACACACACACUAACACUCACACUAACACUCACUCUAACACUAACACUCACACUAACACACACUCUAACACUCACACACACUCUAACACUCACACUAACACUCACUCUAACACUCACUCACACUCUAACACUCACACACACUCUAACACUCACACUCUAACACUCACACUAACACUCACUCUAACACUAACACUCACACUAACACACACUCUAACACUCACACUAACACUCACUCUAACACUCACACUCACUCUAACACUCACUCACACUCUAACACUCACACACACUCUAACACUCACACACAUUCUAACACUCACACAUGUUUAAAAAAAAAAAAAAUUUUAAUCCCCCCAGCCUCCUUACCUUUUGGAGUGCUCGGGGGAUUCCCUGGGGUCCAGUGGUGCUGCUGACCCGGGCGGGCUGGCUGUCUGGGUGGCCGGUGCGCGAGGGAGCACUCUCCCCUGAGUGCUUCCUCUUCAGCUCCCUUGCGCGCCGCGUAGGGAUGCCGACGCCAGAAGAUGACGUCAUCUUCCGGCUCCGGUAUCAGUGCGGUGCGCGAGGGAGCUGAAGAGGAAGUACUGAGUGCCCGACCAGCCACCCUCCUGCCGGGUGUCAGCAGGGCCAGCCUCGGGGGGCCCAGGAGCCGACCACCCAAGGGCCCCAGGAAGAGGCUGGCCCAGUGGGUACACACCGGGUCGCAGGGAGGCCGUGCCCCAUGGUGGGCCGGGCCCGGUCGCAGGACCCUGGUAUGUACGCCACUGGUAAUGCCCAUAAUACAAAGCUGUAUUCCUUGCACUAUCGCUCCCCUUCCCUCACCCCACUCCUCUCCCUUUCCUGUUAAAUAAAGGGUUAAAAAAAAACUUUAUUUACUUGCCUUUUUCUGGGGAGGAGUGUGGGCAGAGUUUAGCCAGCACCGACAGACAUUUGUUUUCUUAGCAAUAGUUUCCCUAUAACCUAAAAUGUGUCAUUCAGAUUGCAGUUAACUAUAAUUCAGAGUUUAGCAAACAAACUCCACAAAUCUGUCACUGUAGCCAAAAAUAAGUUGUUGUUGUGUUUUUUUUUUGUUUGUUUUUUAUAAAUUUGCAAGCCUGUCUUUAUAACAUACGACUAUUGAUAAAUCCACCUAAUAUUUGGAGGAACUACUCACGCUGGAAAGAUUCACAUUUAUAUUCCUAAUGCUAUAGUGUUCCUUUAAAAAUCUUUAUAAGUAUUGUAAAGCCAAAAAAUAAAACAUUUAAUAGAUUCAGCAACAGGGCCCUGACAGAUUAUAAAAAUGUUCCAUUAAAAUCCUUUUUAAAACCUUCCUGAUGUCCCAAUAGGUCCUGUCUCCCCAUUGCAGCCAGUCACCCAAAGAAUCGGUGGAAAAUCUGCACGUAGAAAUUUCAGCUCUAAAACAGAAGGAAAAUGCUCUGGAUGCGGAGAUCGCCCAGUUGGAGGCAGAGUAUGUUCUUCCAAACCUAUUUGCGUAGUAUCCAUUUGGUGUUUUGUUUUUUUUGCAGUUUAUUGCCAAUAUCACCCAGAUAACAAAGUCUCUCUCUCUUUUUUUUUUUUAACAGAGGUUAUAGUAUGGCUGAACUGGAACAACACAUAUCACUUCUCCAUGAGUACAAUGAGUUAAAAGAUACCGGACAGCUGCUCUUGGGCAGACUUGGUAAGACAGAUUGAUCUAAUAAAAAUCAUUUAACGUUAUUGGCAUAGCUGGCACCACUAACAGACGUGGAUACCCUUUGGAACCUACAAACCGAAUCCCAUUAGCGCAACUCAUUGAUGAUUGACACGCCAGGUCUGGUGUGAGCUAUGCACAGCCUACAAGGCACGUUCAACAGCUGCAGUUUGAGAGCAUCCCUGUUGGUUUUGUGUUGCAAUAUUUACAGAAAAACUGCUGGAUUGGAAAAGAUUUCCAUUAUGCCUAUUUUAAACUUACAUUUUAAGUCAUUUGUCUUUUCUCUACAUUUCAUUCUGGAUUAUUCAUUUACCCCAAACUAUUGUGAAAAAAUCAAAUUGCAAAACUUGGACAAAAAAAAUAAAUAAAUGUCCAACUCCGAGAUAGUCACAGCUUGGCUAUUUCAGACUGAAUUUUAAAAUUAGUUUUUUUUUAAUUAAUUAAAAAUUCAGGUUUAAUGAGCAAAAAAAAAAAUAAUAAUAAUAAAUAAAUAUAUAUAUAUAUAUAUAUAUAUAUAUAUAUAUGCUGGCGUUGAAUUUUUUCCCCAAUGUAUUAUGGAAAGAAAUACAGUAAGUAGGCCUAGUCUUCUAACUACGAGCAGAGUAAUUACAAGUUUGGGUUUACUGAAUAAUCCAGAAGAAGAAGAAAAAAUAUACUUUAAAGGACCACUAUAGUGCCAGGAAAACAUACUCGUUUUCCUGGCACUAUAGUGCCCUGAGGGUGCCCCCACCCUCAGGGUCCCCCUCCCGCCCGGCUGUGGAAGGAGGAAAGGGGUUUAAACUUACCUUUUUCCAGCGCUGGGCAGAGAGCUCUCCUCCUCCGUUCCGCCCCGUCGGCUGAAUGUGCACGCGCGGCAAGAGCUGCGUGCGCAUUCAGCCGGUCACAUAGGAAAGCAUUUACAAUGCUUUCCUAUGGACGCUGGCGUGCUCUCACUGUGAAAAUCUAAAUUAAACAGAACUUGCAAUAAAGGAAAGAUAAACUUUAGAUGACUCUUUACAGGAAGUGUUUAAGGAAGGCUGUGCAAGUCACAUGCAGGGAGGUGUGACUGGGGUUCAUAAACAAAGUGAUUUAACACCUAAAUGGCAGAAUAUUGAGCAUUGAGACUGAAGGGACAUGUGCUAUACACCAAAACUACUUCAUUAAGAGGAUUUAACAGAUGCAGUUGGUCAUGGCCAGGAGGGCCAGGUUCAGAUAAGUAGAACCCCCCUCUCCGCAGCCACCAGUCACCAAGUAGUGAAAUCACCAUUGUGGGUCCUUGCAAAUUAGGAAAAAAAUUGUAAAACAAGUUAUCGGACAUCCCCAUUUCAUUAGAUUUUUUUUUUUUUCCCUCUACAGCUGUCCUCAGGGGCGUCACUACUAAAGAUCUAUAUGCCGAGUUUGGAUUGGAUUUGGAGGACUAAGAAAAUUCAUGGGUGUCUCUGCUGAAAAUAUGAAUACGCCCUUCAAAAGAAAAAAAAAAAGCAAGAUUAUUAUUAUUAUUAAUUAAAAAAAAAAAAUUUUUUAACCAAACAUGCCAAGUCUGGCAUUGCUGUUUGUUUUAUUUAGAAAACAGUACACAAUAACAGUUGUUCAGUCUCUCUAUGCUGUCCGUUCUUUGUUCUGAUAUUGUUUUCUGAACAACUUGGCAUAAUUAAUUGGAGGGGGGAAAAAAUAUUCUAGAAAGGGGUCAUUGUUAUAAGAUUUAUACUCUGGAAGUUAUCGCUGUACAGGAUAUUGUGGGCUUGUUUUAAUGCCAACAAUUAAGUAUUUCAUUUUGAAACUUUUGUUGUAAAUGUUAAUGACAAAAUAUACUUAUUUAUUGAAUAAUAAAAGUUUUUAUUUAAACGCUA